AAGAUAUAAAAUCACAACUAUAAAUUUGCUAAAUCAUAUUGAACUCAUAAAUUACAGAAAAUUAAUAUGUCAUUAUGACUUAUUUUAAAGGUGAACUCGCACUAUUCCGUUAUGUUUAUGCACUUAUUCCUAAACUUUCGUUUAGUAUUUCCUCGAAAUACUAAUAAGCUUAAGCCUGAAAUAAACUAAAUAGCAUCAAUAUAUGUCGAAAAUCAAUGAUAUUACUAUCAAAAGUGGACAACAAUGAAUGAUUGAUUAUUUAAAUAUACGCUGGCGUACAUUUUGAAAUAAUCUACGUAAUGCAACAAACUAAAAAAAAAAUUCAUAGUACAGCAAUGAUGACAUCUAUUUGUUAUCAGUGACAUAUUGAUUAUCUUGAUGAAGGACACUUUGAAAAGCCUGCCCAUGAGGUUAGUUCUCAUAUUCUUUUCCAUCAUAUUUCGGACCUAUUCCAUCAAUCAGAUGGAGCUGGACACGCGACACUUGAGUACGCGUGUGGUACAUACUAGGUAUGGAACAUUGAGAGGAUUUAUAAGUACCCUGUCCAAUCGGCAGUUGCAACCGGUAGAGGUAUUUCUAGGUGUUCCUUAUGCUGGUGCACCUACAGGAGCUCUUCGGUUCAUGCCACCUGUGACUUCCCCCCACUGGAAAGGUGUAAGGGUAGCGGACAGUUUUGGGUCAGUGUGUCCCCAAAAAUGGCCAGACAUCAAGAAUGAGACUGACGCAUUGAAAAGAAUGCCUCAAGGGCGACUUCGGUACCUUCAGAGGAUUUUACCACUGUUAACCAAUCAAAGCGAAGAUUGUUUAUAUCUUAAUAUCUACGCACCAGCUAUAGUUGGACGUCAACCACUGCAACUUCCUGUUAUGGUCUUUAUUCAUGGUGAAUCUUAUGAAUGGAACGCUGGAAAUCCAUAUGAUGGGCGUGUCUUAGCCAGUUACGGCAAUGUUGUGGUGGUUACUAUCAACUACAGGCUUGGCGUCUUAGGAUUCUUGCCUGCAGUUGAUCGUUCUGCAAGAGGUAACUAUGGUUUAAUGGAUCAAGUAGCAGCUUUACAUUGGAUACAAGAUAACAUUGCUGAAUUUGGAGGAGAUCCUAACAACGUCACUGUCUUUGGGCAGGGUCAUGGCGCUGCUUGUAUAAAUUUACUUAUGCUCUCCCCAAUGGCCAAAGGAUUAUUCCAACGUGUCAUUCUUCAAAGUGGGUCUGCAUUAUGUCCGUGGGCUAUAGCGAAAGAUGCCGUCGAUCACACGAGAAGACUGGCGCAGGCAUUAAAUUGCUCAAUGCAGGACAGUAUGACCCUCAUUGAAUGCCUCCGCAAAAGACAGUUAGAAGAAAUAAUGUCAGUGGACAUUCCAGCUCCUGACCACUUAAGUGCUUUCGGACCCACUGUAGAUGGAAUAGUACUCCCACGUGAUCCCGUGUAUUUGAUGGAAACCAAACCAGACCUAUUUCUCAGACAUGAUUUGAUGCUUGGAACGACGAAAGUGGAGUCUUUUUUCAUGUUCUCAGCUGUCGAGGAAAUAAAGGGAAUAAAUACUCACAGAAGGGAUAGAAUAAUACGGACAAUGGUCAGGAAUUUAUUUACGCAUCACUUGCAACAGAUUUUUCUAACAAUCGUCAACGAGUAUAUGGACUGGUCUGUGCCUCACCUUCAUACUACAGACAUCUUUAGGGGGACAGUGGAAGCCUUGAGUGAUGCUACAGUUCUCUCCCCCGUUAUCACGACUGGAAUGUUGCAUAGCAACCCUAAUUUUCCCACCAACACCCCUCUUCACAAUCCAGUUUUCUUCAUGCCCAAAAAGACAUACUUUUAUGUUUUCACACAUCAGACUGAGGAAGGGGAUUACUUGCAAAGAUUGGGUUGUCUCUCAGGUGAAGACUUAUCCUAUGUUUUUGGAGCACCAUUAGUAACAAAUCUUGCCCAUUUCACAAAUAACUAUACAGCAGACGAAGUGGCCUUAUCAGAAGUGACUAUGAUGCAUUGGACCAGUUUUGCUAAAUUUGGCGAUCCAAAUAUUGGUACUCAGCUGGAAGAUCUUAUAAUUGACAUCACCCGAGGAAGAUACGAGCGAGUAGUGUGGCCCGAAUUUACCUCUACACAUCAGAAGUUCCUCAGCAUAUCUUUAAAACCCAAAGUAAAGGAUCAUUACAAUGCCCACAAGCUUUCGUAUUGGCUCAACCUCAUCCCAGCUUUAGAUACAGCAGACAACACUACAACGGACCAACAUCACAUGCUGCCUGAACAUCAUAAUACUUCUGCCUACGAUGGAAAUAUUCGUAAUCUUUACGAUGGAGUUCAACAGCUGAGUAUGAAAUCGAAUUCAGAAGAUACUUCGUCGCUCAAUGGGACCAUCGAUCAAAAGAAUGAUCUGAAUCGAAAUGUUUCUGCAAACUCAUCAGAGGUAUACAUCUUCAGUUUGGACAAAGCAUCUCACUUGUCAGCCCUCGGAGUUACAAUUGCCGUGGGAUGCUCUUUACUCAUGCUGAAUGUAGUGGUCUUCGCUGGAAUUUACUAUCAGAAAGAUAAAAUAGCUGUAGCAAGAAAUGUUCAGAAAGCCUUUUAUGAGACGGAGAGAGCUGAAUCGGAGGAAGACCCAGCUUACAAGAAGCCUUAUCUCCUGAAAGACGCACCUGCAUCUCUUAUAUUGCACGAUUUUGACACACUCCAAGCAUUUAAAGAUCAACCCAUGUUCGAUCUGGUAGAGAGUAGCGAAAUUAAAAGACACUUAAGUGGAUCAACUGAAACAGAGCUUACAAACACAUCAAAACCAGCCAAAAUCAAAACUGUUACUUUUGUUGAUCCACCAACCAUUUUAUGUGAUAUACCUAAACCCAUCCUCACGGAUGUUAUCAGUCCAGAACAGAUGACAUUAAAGUCUCUUCUUAAAACAGAGUCAGAAGCAGGCACUACGAGCUAAUAACGACCAUUUGUCUGUUAAACAGUAUACGUCCAUAAGAACGCAUAAAAGCUUAUGUGAUUGGAAUUUUUACACCAUAUAAUUUGAAAUCUCAUUCAUAUCAGUGUUGUGAUUAAUAAUUUGUUAAUUUUUGAAGAAAAAAAAUAUUGUAAAUAAAAUUUUUGUG